UAAAGAGAGACGCUGACUAAGAACUUCACUCAGCAAAAUGGCAAUUUGGAGAGGAAUCUGUGUGGUGACUGUUCUUAUCCUUCUGGCAACAGGAUCUCACUCACAGCAGAAUGUGUGCGGAAGGCCGGCCCUCAACACCAGGAUUGUGGGGGGUGAGGACGCCCCAGAGGGAAGCUGGCCUUGGCAAGCCAGUCUGCAUCUGAGCGGGAGUCAUGUGUGUGGAGGGUCUCUCAUCAACAACAAAUGGGUGCUGUCUGCUGCUCACUGCUUCAGGAGCGACUCAAAUCCGGCAGACUGGCGCGUUUAUGUGGGUCAGCAGGUCCAGUCGGGCACCAACCCAAAUGAACAGAGUAGAACGGUCACAAGGAUCAUCCGCCAUCCCAAUUACAACAGCGCGACCAACGACAACGACAUGGCCCUGCUGGAGUUGUCCUCCACCGUCAGCUUCAGUGACUACAUUUUGCCCGUAUGCCUGGCGGCAGACGGCAGCACCUUCUAUACCGGCACCGACAGCUGGGUCACCGGCUUCGGCAGACUCAGCGAAGGCGGGUUGCUGGCUAACGUUCUGCAGGAGGUAGAAAUUCCCGUGGUGGGGAACCGAAAGUGUAACUGCCUAUAUGGAGUCGGUUCCAUCACCAGCAACAUGAUCUGCGCUGGCCUACUGACAGGAGGCAAAGAUUCAUGUCAGGGAGACUCCGGGGGUCCGAUGGUGAGCAAGCAGGGCUCGCUCUGGGUCCAGUCAGGAGUCGUCAGCUUCGGAGAAGGCUGCGCACGUCCUAAUUUGCCGGGGGUUUACACCAGGGUGUCCCGCUAUCAGGCCUGGAUCACGUCCACUAUUACGACAAACACCCCAGGUUUCAUCAGAUUCACAUCCAGCGGGACGAACAGUGACGACAGCGUCACAUGCCCAGGCCUGCCUCCCUUCGUACCCUCCGUCACCCAGCCUUCCACCACCACCCCCAAACCUGUGGUGUGCGGCAGCGCUCCCCUGAACAGCCGCGUUGGCGCGGGGAGUGGCCUGGCAGCGAGCGGGGCGUGGCCCUGGCAGGUCAGUCUGCACAGGAACGGCUCCCACGUCUGCGGGGGCACCCUCGUCUCUGAGGAGUUCGUCAUGAGCGCCUCACAGUGUUUCUCCAGCCCCAAUCCCAACCCUGCGGAAUGGACCGUGUUUCUGGGUCGUCUGAGCCAGAACGGAUCCAACCCCUUCCAGAUGGCCGUGAACGUGUCGAACAUCACCCUGAGCAACCAGACCGGCGCCAACGUAGCGCUGUUGAAGCUGGCCGGCAAGCCGACGCUCACCAACUACAUCCAGCCGGUGUGCGUGGACCUCGUCGGCACGGGCUUUGGCGUAGGAACACAGUGCUGGGUGACCGGCUGGGGAGCCGGCCAGGGAGGAGCGCAGCAAAUUCUGCAGGAGUUCCAGACCACCAUAGCCAGCUGUGGGAACGGCUCCUCCUCCGAAAACAUCUGCACUCAACUUCUGCCACUGCAGCAGGGAGAUGAGGGCGGGCCCUUGGUGUGUAAGCAGGGCAAUUCCUGGGUCCAGUUGGCAGUGAUCACAGUGGACGGCAGCAGUAAUGCCACUCAGAACAGCAGCAGCAGCAAUAGCAGAAUGGACCCCGCUGUCCAGGUUUUCACCAAAACCGUCGCGUUUUCCAUGUUCCUCCGCGAGAAUGUGGGCAGCUUCCCUCCCCCGGCCUCCCCCGUCACCCCGGCACCGUCCUCCGGCCCCUCCAACACGACGAGCGAGGCCGCUCACCUUCUCCCUCUCUCCUCCGUCCUCCUACUCCCUCUCUUCCUUGGCUUUCUGUCCAGUUGCUCAAGCUAGGACCAUGCAGCUGUUUGUGCUGCGUACUGGCUGGCUAGGGUACCACUAACCUGUUACUGUUUUUCAAACUUUCCGAAAUAUACCAAGAAUGCAUUAAAUAUAUUAAACUCAAGAAAAUUUUACCCGGGUUAUAUCAGAGAUGCUUAUGGACAGGUUCAGUGGCAGAUUUUUUGAAUGUAUUCUUCGUAUAUUCAUUAUGGUUAAGCUCACAGGAAGCAAAAGCACUAGUCCUGGGGCAGUGCUGCACUCCACAGUUCAGAACUGGAUCCUGACGCUGUCGGUGCCUGCUGUGGGCGGGGUUUCCUCAGGCCUAUGCAGGGAAGGAGGGAGGGUUUCAGUCUCCAGGGCAUCCUCACUGUGCAAUAGUGACUCCUCAUGGAAUUGCAGUGUGUGUUUUUAGGGACGCGUGCACUUGUGUGUGUUUUUUAAAUCUGCAGUAGUAAGUUGCAGCUAUGGUACUGUGUGAUAUAAAAUGGAGGAACAAGUAAACACUUGAUGACACAAAAUAUUUAGAACAGACUGUAUUACUGUGUGUGUGUCUGUGUGUGUGUGUGUGUGUGAAGAAUAGUGACACAUUCACUCACCUUUGCUGUGUUUACAGCACCCUGUUGCACUAGAGAUCAUUUUAUCUAUAAAUACUGAUGCUCUGUUGGUGAGUUGUCAAUGUAUGCUUUUGAAGUAAAUUGGGUUUUUCAUUGUUAUAUUUAUCCUGUGUAUAGAUAAUUUAUGGACAGCCCAAUAUCUCAACGUAGCCGUCACUGUCAGAUGGGAGACACUGAACAAACUUAUCUGAAUUACAGAAUAAAUUGCUUGCAUAGACUAAGACCCCCCAACCCCCACUGCACACCCUACCCCAGCUUCCAAAGGAAUAAAGCUUAGCUGGUCUGAAGAUGCUUUCUGGGCUGCUUGGCAUCACUGGUCACGGUUUCUUUGGCGUUUUACCUUAGCUUUUCAGUACCCUGUCAGUAACAGUGCUCUCUUCUGUUCUACUGCGCAUUUCCUUCCUUCUCCAGUAGGGGCCGCUCUGCCUCUUACUUGUGGUACCUGUUAGCAGGCAGAGGACAUGCUGGGUAUCUAUGCAGAAGUCAAUAUUACACUCUGUUCGGUGAACGCAUGCAUGAAUGCAUGAAAAUAGUCAUGUGUUUAAAUGUUUACAACAAUAAAACUAUUUUUAAUGACUCUAAAAUGAGCUCUUGCAGUACUCCUGGCUGGCCAGUGUGUGUCUCACCUGAGGAACCUUUAGAUGUCUGUUGCGAAAAGACCAUAAAGUGUAAUUUCCAUAGUAUGGCAAAUUAACAGAUCACCAAAUCCCUGUAGUACUGUAGUAACUUUUUUUAAUUAAUACUGUAUUGUUUUCAUAAUUCACAAUUAAAUGUAUUGCCUUGAUUAUUAUGUGCCUGAAAUGGAAAUAUGCUCUACGCAAUACACACUGUUCUGUAUACCUAUUAAAAAUUUGGUAAAUUG